AUGAUCUCCGGUUUGGCAUUUGCCACAUUCGCGGUCUCCCCGGACAAAGCGGAACUCCGGUUGCGACUCUCGUUCACCCUCAUCCUGACCAGUGUCACAUUCAAAUAUGUGAUCACGCAAAGUUUGCCCAAAAUAUCCUAUCUCACCUAUAUGAAAUUUGAAUUUGGGAUUCUGUUCGCAGAAGCACCUCCACUUAUUUCUGAUUUCUCACUCAUCUACGAUGCUAGAAAGAAGCAAGCAAAACUUGCCAUGUUUGUUUUCAAUUUCCUCUCGUUUCAUGAAUAUGACGUGCUGACCAAGUUACUUCUCAACCUGAAUGACAAAUAUGUACUGAUGUCGCUGGCGAUUCUCUGCAUUAUCAGUGUGUGGCAUGCUAUUGUCACACUAUGGGAUCCGGACGCGGAUAGUGAGUUGUUCAACAUCACUCGGAGUCAUACGAGCGCGUCCAGCACGUUGGGUGUAACCGCACCCACGCUCCUGUUUGUAGCCAAUCAGACAACUGCACCACUGCUCAAUCGGAACAGCACCAGGUCCAAGAACAGACCGAAUCUAGGGAAAAUGACAACCGUGUCCAGCAAUCGAUGGGCUGCUGGAAACAAAUCAGGUUCGUGGUUGAAAGAGUCCUUUGGAUAG